CUGAGAAACUUUGCUCGGGCAAAAUAAAACGAAGUGUCUGCCUCAGAAAAUGUCCUCUUCUUCUUCUUCUUCACUUCGAGGAUGAUAUGUGUAUUAUUAUUAUUAUUAUGAUUGUUAUUGUUAUGCAGAGCUUGAGAGCCAUUCCAUGGCUUCCCUCUGCCUGAAUUUGUUGCCUGCACCGCAGCCUUCUUUCCACCAUCCCCGCAAGCUUCUUGAAACUUCUUCUUCUUCUUCUUCUUUGGUUGAUAGCACAAUCAGCAGAGCAAUUGGGGGCUUGAAGCCCAUAGUUGUGACUGGCAAUCCUCCCACCUUCGUCUCGGCCCCUGAUCGCCGCAUUGUCGCUGUUGGAGAUCUGCAUGGGGACCUUGACCAAGCGAGACGAGCGCUUCAGAUGGCUGGUCUGCUAAGCUCUGAUGGCCAAGAUGCAUGGCUCGGUAAAGAAACGGUUUUAAUUCAGUUGGGAGAUAUACUUGAUCGAGGAGAGGAUGAGAUAGCUAUUCUGUCCUUGCUGCGGUCAUUAGAUAUGCAGGCCAAAGCCGAAGGCGGCGCAGUUUUUCAGGUCAAUGGGAAUCACGAGACGAUGAAUGUGGAAGGGGAUUUCAGAUAUGUUGAUUCAGGGGCAUUCGACGAGUGUCUAGAUUUUCUGGAUUACUUGGAGGAUAACCGGUACGAGUGGGAACAAGCCUUUGUCGGUUGGAUCGCUACCUCUGAACAGCGGAAGAAGUACCAGAAUCUGCCUCAGAGCUAUUGGGGCCCAUGGAAUCUAGUGAAGAGGCAAAAGGGGGUGAUUGCUAGAUCAGUCCUAUUCAGACCAGGUGGUCCCUUGGCAUGUGAACUGUCCCGGCAUCCAGUUGUUCUCAAGGUCAAUGAUUGGGUCUUUUGUCAUGGUGGACUUCUUCCUCAUCACGUUGAAUAUGGGAUCAAGAGAUUGAACUGGGAAGUGUCACAGUGGAUGAGGGGUCUGACUGAGGAAGAUCAAAAUCCUCAGAUUCCUUUCAUAGCCACUCGAGGAUACGAUAGCAUCGUUUGGAACCGCCUGUACUCGAGGGAUCUUUCAGACUUGGAAGAUUACCAGAUAAAGCGGAUACAAUCUAUUCUUGAAGAGACCUUGGAAGCUCUGGGUGCUAAGGCAAUGGUAGUCGGUCAUACUCCUCAACCUGCAGGAGUAAACUGCAAGUACAACUGUAGCAUAUGGAGGAUUGAUGUAGGGAUGUCCAGAGGCGUAUUGAAUUCAAGACCAGAGGUUCUGGAAAUUGUAGAUGGUAAAGCGAGAGUUAUAAGGAGUGGACUGGACACGGCAAGUGAACUUCAAGUUGUUGAUUAUACGUAGCGACCAGCAGUUGUGUGUAAAGGAAAUACAGUUGGUCACGACUGCGUUCAUUUGUCCAUUAGUCCCAAGACAUUUACAUGUUUAGAACAUAUUUUUACAAAUCAAAGCAAAGGAGCUCUUAAGAUGGCUGCAGUUGCAUAUGGUUGCAAAUCUCUACAGGAUGAUUUUGCACAGGAUGGGAAGGAAGAGAAGCUGAGUGAGAUGUUCUGCUUCUUUUCUUUUUGUCUUGGAGAAUUCCAAUAAAAACAUUUUCUUUUUUCCGGUUAUGCUCGAAUUGAAGACGCUUGAAUGGGGAAGGAACAGAAGGCAUGCCAGUUGAAUUGUGUUCAUGUUGAUAGUUUCGGUCACUGUAUACUGAAUUGCACAGAGUAAUGAAACAAGGUCUAUGAACGGUUCAUGUUUCCAA